AUGUCUGAUAAUCAGAAUCUCGACAAUAUUGUCGACGAUAACACUGACGACGACGACAACGAAGAUCAACUUCAAAUGGACGACGAAGAAGAUGAAAUUCCCUUCGAUCACGACGACUUCAACAAGGCAGUGCCAAGCCACCAAGAACCUCAGCCAAAUGUGGCCGACGAGUUGAAAGCUCUCCAGUCCGCGAUUGCCACCCUCACAAGGACUGUCACUAACAACCAGAAACGCACUCACGGGGAAACAUCUGGCUCAAUAUUCCAGGCGAAAAGGAAUAAAAAGCAAAUAGAUGAGGAUAUCCUACGGAACAUGGAACAACGCAUAGCUCAACUCGAACGCAGCACCCAACGUCUAACGAACGCAAUACUGGACCGCGAACACAACCGCGAUGGAAAUCGCAAUGUUUCACCUCCACCAGUUAACCGACAACCCCAAGUGAACAAUUAUUGUGCAUUCUGUAAUGGGGACCACUGGGCAUCUGAAUGUCCACAAUAUCCAACCCUUUCGGAGAGACGUCAACAAUGCCGCCAUAGAAAUAGGUGCGAACGUUGCCUACGAGAAGCAAAUAUCUGGUACAUUUUGCAAGUAGAUCUACAGUGCUUCUUUUGUAGACGCAAUCGUCGCACUCACCUCAUGAACCGUCACAAUUCAGCGUUUUGCCCCUACCAAUUCCCUAUGUGA